UACUGAUCAUGUCUCUCAAUCACCAUUUCCACUAGUACUAACAAAAUUAGAGGAACAUUGAACGCCACCACCACAAUCCCACACAAAUCUAGAGAGAUAGAGAGAGAGAGUUUUAGAGAGAGAGAGAGAGAGAGAUGGGCAGACCACCAUGUUGUGACAAAGUAGGAGUGAAGAAAGGUCCAUGGACACCAGAAGAAGAUAUCAUCUUGGUCUCUUACAUACAAGAACAUGGACCUGGCAACUGGAGAUCAGUUCCUGCCAAUACAGGUUUGCUGAGAUGCAGCAAGAGUUGCAGACUCAGAUGGACUAAUUAUCUCAGGCCAGGCAUCAAGCGUGGAAACUUCACUGACAAUGAAGAGAAGAUGAUCGUCCACCUCCAAGCCCUUUUGGGUAAUAGAUGGGCAGCUAUAGCAUCAUAUCUUCCACAAAGAACAGAUAAUGAUAUAAAGAAUUUCUGGAACACCCAUCUGAAGAAAAAGCUGCUGAAGAAGCUCCAGCAAUCAGGACAAAGUAAUCAAGAUGGGUUCUCAUUAUCUCCACAUGAGUCAAAUUUGUCGAAAGGUCAGUGGGAGAGGAGGCUUCAAACAAACAUUCACAUGGCCAAACAAGCCCUAUGUGAGGCUCUAUCUCUUGACAACCCAACAACAACACCAACAACUACUACUACUACUUCGGUUCCUGAAGAGACAAUAAAGCCUUGUACUUAUGCAUCCAAUGCUGAAAACAUAGCAAAGUUGCUUGAGAACUGGAUGAACAACACACCAAAAUCAAACUCAAACUCAAAAGGGAUAUCUACUACUUAUAAUUCUAGUGAAGGAGCAGUUAGUGCAACCACUACUGAUCAUCAGGUUUUUGGUCGGUCUUUGUUUAGCUUCAACUCUUCUUCCAAUUCCUUUCCUGCAGAUCAUGAGAAUGCAAAUCUGACUACUACUACUCCUUCUCCUGAAACAAGUGAAACCAAGACCAACUUGGAGACCAGUACUACUACUACUCAUGAUGAUCAAGUUUCACAAUUGACACUUUUGGAGAAGUGGCUCUUUGAUGAUGGAGUGUCUCAUGGGGGUCAUGACGAACAUCUUAUGAGCUUGUCAUUAAAAGAUACUGAUGGGUCGUUCUUAAAAUAGAUUUAUUUGCUUAAUUAAGGACACUCAAUCUGCUAGGUGCAUGGGGAGACUUGUUUCUCGUGUUUAAUUUGAUCGUCAUUUUAGGCCUUAAUUAAUUAAGCUGUUGGAACUUAAUUGCACCUAUAUAUCUAUAUAUACAUGUCUAGCCUAUGCAUGCAGCAAGAUAUUACAUAUCCUAACUCUCUUCGAGCAAGAAAAGAAGUGUAAAUUAAACAUACAUAUGUAUCUAUGAUAAUGGAUAUAUUUAUAUCUAUUGGGUUAGUAUUUGUUUUUCUUUAUAGUAGUAUUUGUUAGUUUCCUU